AUGAGAUAUGUGCAACUCGGAAGUAGCGGUCUACGCAUCGCCCCAAUUGGUGUAGGGUGCAUGAGUUUUGGAAGCCCCGAGGGCCGUUACAAGUGGUCAAUCCCGGCAGACGAAGCACUGCCGGUACUGAAUCAUUGCUACGAAUCCGGCCUCAACUUCUUCGACACCGCAAACGCCUAUUCCAGUGGCCUGUCUGAAGAGAUUAUUGGCAAAGCAAUCAAGAAAUACGGAUGGCGCCGGGGAAACAUUGUCAUCGCAACCAAACUAUGGGCACCUGUUGGCCGCGGUUCCGAACAGCCAAUGGCUAUGACAGACCAUGAAAAAGACAAUGCCGGCUAUGUGAACCAAUACGGGCUGAGCCGGAAGCAUAUCUUCGAGAGUGUCGAGGCCAGCCUACAAAGACUCGACCUACCCUACGUCGAUUUGCUGCAGAUCCAUCGUUUCGACCCCCGAACCCCCGUGAAGGAAACAAUGGAGGCGCUUCAUGAUAUUGUCAAGUCCGGCAAAGUGCGCUACAUCGGUGCUUCAUCCAUGUGGGCUCAUCAGUUCCUUGAGUACCAAUACACGGCUCGCAUCCACGGCUGGACGGAGUUUAUCUCGAUGCAGAAUCUUCAUAACGCUAUCUACCGUGAGGAAGAGAGGGAGAUGUACCCUGCAUGUGUCAAAUUUGGAACUGGUGGGAUUCCUUGGAGCCCCGUUGCAAUGGGCUUCUUGGCUCGACCCUGGCGUGACUUUUCGAAAACUACACGUGGAGAGGUCCAGGGUCCUGGUUUCCAUGGAUGGCCAACUACAGAGACGGAUAGAAAAAUCAACGAGCAAAUCCAGAAGAUUGCGGAGCAGCGUGGUGUGUCAAUGGCAAUUGUGGCAAUUGCUUGGUCUCUUUCCAAGCCAUUUAUUACGGCGCCGAUUCUAGGAAUGAGCAAGAAGGAGAGAGUUGAUGAGGCAGUUGAGGCUAUCUCCUUCGAGCUCAGUCCCACUGAGUUGAAGAGCAUUGAUGACCUAUAUGAGCCCAAGAAGGUGCUUAGCCAUCAAUAA